AUGACACGUUUUCAAAUUACGCCAACCGCCGUGCGAGUGACCCUGGAGGUAAGUUUGCCUGUAAGGUGCUCAAAUCCCGACAAUCCCGAUUCCGAGCGUCAAGUACACGAACUUUCCGUCGACCAUCUAUUAAUUAGGGAAGCGGAUUUGACUGCAGCAACAGAUAAUCUGUUAGCUAAAGUUAAUGAAGAAAUUAGUGAAAUAGAUAAAAGUUUAAUUCACGUCGCCCAAGAUACCAUUUCAACAGAAAAUUCAGAAAAUUCUCAGAAUCUACAACAUAUCAAAAUAAAAAAUCAACGGACCAAUCAAGAAAAACUUUUAGACUGGUCUGCAGACGACACAGUCGAACCGACCGACCAAGGAAUUAAGUUAUUUUUAGAUCAAGAGCCAUUGAAAAUAAUGGAGGACCAAAACCAACCAACCGUGAGUGGUGCAUCUGGACCGCAGUUGAUUUCAGACAUUUCAAAUAAUCCAGAUUUAAGCAGACUAAUUGAUCUCAAGAUUCAGGAAAUCAUGAGGACAAGAGGUAGCGUCAGUUCGAGACAAGAAGAUUCGAUAUCAAAUAAUCAAAUAGGACUUCAAGAUGCGAUCAGGUUAUUACCCAAAUCAUUUGAUGGAAAAGAUACAGAAAAUUUAGAAAUUUUCCUUGAAAAAUGCGAAUUUGUCGUGUCAUGUGUAGUGGAAUCGGCAAUUCCACGAUUACUUCAGGCAAUCCAAACUAGACUAACAGGGAAAGCAAGGCAGGUAACAAAGUUUAAAACAUUCGAGGCAUGGGAAGAAUUACGGGAAACACUUAAAACCAGUCUUGAACCCCAGCGAACCACACAACAUUUAUUUUUGGAAUUGUACGCCAUCAAACAAAAAAAUGGUGAAGAUAUUCUGACCUACUCGAUGAGAGUAGAAGCCUUACAAAAUCUGAUCAUCGAACAAGAGACUGCAGAUUUUUCGCCAGAAAUUGCUCAGGCGAUGGAAAUUUCUAUUAAGAGACAGGUAAUUCAAGUCUUUAUGGAAGGCUUGGGAAACCUGAAAGACUACAUCAAGGCCAGAAACCCUCUUACUCUAGAUAAGGCCAUACAAGCCGCCAGAGAGGAAGAGCGGAUUAGGAUGUCAUCUGAAGAAGCGAAGAAACUUUAUAAAGGGAACUCGAUGACAACAAAAAAGGGGAAUGGUUCAUGCAACAUUUGCGGCAAACCAGGACAUUGGGCCCGCGAUUGUAGAUCGAACAAAAGUAAUAAUACAAAUCAAUCAAAAAAUUCGAGUACACCACACGGAACCUCCAAAGCCACAGUUAACACGAUCACGUGCCAGUACUGUAAAAAACUGGGGCAUACAAAAGAUGUAUGCCGUAAAUUAAAGUAUGUUACCGGAAAAAGAAACGAAGCAGCAAAAGCUGAGACUUCGGAAAACCAAAAUCAACCGGGCGCUUCCGGCGGACGUCCGGUAGGAAGCAUAAAUAGCGCCGUCAUUACAUUCCCAGAAUCUUUACAUUAAAGUCAAAUUUAACAGAUAAUACUUUUACAUGCAGAACAUCUCAGACAAUUAACCCCAAUGCUAAAUUUUUACUUGAUUCAGGAAGUGACCUUAAUCUAAUCAAAAUUGGUUCACUUUUGGAUCAAGUAAUGGUCUAUGAAGAUACUGUUUACUAUUUAAAGGGCAUCAACGAACAGUUAGUACCAACCUUAGG